CAGGUUUGGACACACAGGUAAAGGGAGGAGAGACGGAGAGAAAUACUUGCACAGCCAGCAGAGAGCUGGGCAGCUCUUUUCCGGAUGCUGGGGACCCUCCAUCUCUCCCAGAUGAAAAGAUGAUCUUGUGGUAGGCACCAGAACUGAGAACCCAGGAUGACAGAACCUGAGACCCUGGCCCUGCUGGAAAUGAAGGGACCUGAGACCCCGAAGAGCCCACCUCAGGCUUUGGUUCCCAAUGGCCAGCAGCCAGAAGGGGAAUGUGGAACUGAGUCCCCUGGAGCCGAGUCCCUCAGAGUGGGCUCUUCAGUUGGAUCUCCCAUGACCAGAGAUGGAGCUGAAGAUGGUCUAGACAGUACAGUAAGCGAGGCUGCCACCUUGCCCUGGGGGACUGACCCCCAGCCCAGUGCCCCGUUCCUGGAUCCCCCUGGCUGGCGGGACAUUGAGCCAGAGCCUCUGGAGUCGGAGCCACCUACCAAGUCAGAGGAGCCACCUGAAGAUGAUGCCAACCUGCUCCCCGGGAAGGCAGCCCGGGCCUUUGUACCCAUCGACUUACAGUGUAUUGAGAAGCGGCCCCAGGAAGACCUCAUUGUACGCUGUGAGGCAAGCGAGGGCGAGUGCCGGACCUUCCUGCCCAUCCGGGCCAUCCACCCAGAGCCCCUUGAGCGAAAGUGGGCUGAGGCAGUUGUGAGGCCACCUGGUCGAUCCUGUGGGGGCUGUGGGAGCUGUGGAGGCCGUGAGGGGCUAAGGGCCGUGGCCUCAGUGGGAGCUGCCCUCAUCCUCUUCCCCUGCCUUCUGUAUGGGGCAUAUGCCUUCCUGCCCUUUGAUGCCCCACGGCUGCCCACCCUGAGUUCUCGCCUGGUCUACACACUGCGAUGCGGCGUCUUUGCCACCUUCCCCAUUGUGCUGGGGCUCCUGGUGUACGGGCUGAGCCUGUUGUGCUUUUCUGCCCUCCGGCCCUUUGGAGAGCCAAGGCGAGAGGUGGAGAUCCACCGGCAGUACGUGGCCCAGUCAGUCCAGCUCUUCAUCCUCUACUUCUUCAACCUGGCUGUGCUUUCCACCUACCUGCCCCAGGACACCCUCAAGCUGCUCCCUCUGCUCACCGGUCUCUUUGCCAUCUCACGGCUGAUAUACUGGCUGACCUUCGCCGUGGGCCGUUCCUUCCGAGGCUUCGGCUAUGGCCUGACCUUCCUGCCGCUGCUGGCCAUGCUGGUGUGGAACCUGUACUACAUGUUCGUGGUGGAGCCAGAGCGCAUGCUCACUGCCUCAGAGAGCCGCCUAGACUACCCGGACCAUGCACGCUCCGCCUCCGACUACAGGCCACGCCCCUGGGGCUGAGGCGCGGUCCUGCGCAGGGGUCAUGCUUUUCUGAACCGAGCCCCAGGCCAGGGUUUUGUCUCCAGCCCUGGGACCUUUGUGGGAGGAACCCUGCUACUGCCCCAUAGGGGUAUCAUUCCAUCAGAAUCUGGAUUGACCCUUGUUCCCUCUUAGCCGCUGUUGUCCUUCACUUCUGAGGCUUGGCACAGUCAUAAAAGAGGGAUUUUUCUAGCAGGGAAGGAGGUUGAUGUCCCUUAAGAAAGCUGAGGACACAUGGUCCAGCCUAUGGGGAGAGGCAUGGUUCCUUCCUGAGCAAACCCUGACUGCCAUUAGACCUCCCAAAUGCUGGACUCCGCCCCAUUCCUCAGCUUCAUGAGGCAGCGGGCAGAGCCACAGUCGAACCCUGACUCUUUCUGUGCCAGUUAAAUAACCGGAGGAACUCAAGGAGACUGGAGAGAUUGGCAAGGAUAGAGGCUGGCAUCAGAUCAAAUAAGAACUUUCACAUUUGGUGAAAUCAUUGGAAUCCUGGGUUUGGGACCCUCUGUGACUGGUCUUCAAGGCUUCUUAGACUCAAGACUAUUCUAGCUGCCCCCGUCCAGAGCUACUGCCUCUCUCUUAUAAUCUAUAUACACCCCUGUAACUUCUCACAUCCAAACAUUCCAGAUGUCACGCUUCCUAUGAGAAGAUAAGAGAGGACAGGGAAAUAUGGCUCCCAAGAGUGGUGUGUGUACCCACAUGUGUGGUAGUGGGGGAGUGGUUAGAAGGCACAAUGGUUGAUGUUAACCCAGGGCGAGUAUGUGUAUGUGUGUGUGUGUGAGAAAGAGAGAGAGAGAGAGAGAGAAAGAGAGGGAGAAUAAAUUACCACCACAGUCUGCAUCUGCAUUGGUUCUUUCUUCCUGUUUGU